UUGUUCUUGUUGUUGUUUGAUUAUUUUGAUUUUGUGCCGUCGGCAAAGGGGCUUUGAAAGGCUUUGGCCGAGAGCUCAGUGCGCGAGAUAGGCAAGUGGAGUGAAGAGAGGAGUCUGUGCCACCAUAUACAUGACCACAAUGCCACCGGAAAUGUCCACAACUACGGCAGCCGUUGGGGACACACCGGGUACCCUUACGCCAUCGCCAUCAUCCACGCAGACGCCACGUUCCCGUUUCAUGAUCACCGAUAUUUUGGCUGGCAGUGCUGCGGCUGCUGCGGCAGCUGCUGCCGCUGCCGCAGCGGCAAUGGCCGCCGCCGCCGGACGGAGCUCGGCGAGUCCAUCCGAAGAUUGCUAUGCACCGCCGCCGCCGCUGCAACACCAUCAGCACCAGCAGCAACAGCAACAGACGCAGCAGCAGCAACAGCAACAGACACAGCAGCAGCAACACCAACAGCAGCAGCAGGCUGCUCUGCAGCAUUAUUUGGCACAGCAGCAGCAGCUGUUGCGCUUUGAGCGUGAACGGGAGAGGGAGCGCGAGCGAGAGAGGGAACGGGAGCAAUACCAUCAUGUGGCGCCACUGCUUGCCCAUUUUCCGCCCAGCCACUAUGCGGUACUGCAGCAGCAACAGCAACAACAGCAGCAGCAGCAGCAUCCACACGCCCAUCUACAUCGGUUUGGGCGGCAGGCCGGUCGCGAAGGAUCGCCACCUCUGGCUAAGGAUUGCCAUGGAACAGCCCCAUGGACUACGCAACUCCCACAUUCGCAACAUCCGCUUGCCCAUCAUCCGCAUCCGCAUCCGCAUGCGCAUCCGCAUCAUCACCAGCUGCAACUGGAGCGGGAACGCCUCGAGGCGUUGCAUCGUCAUGGCGCCAAUGUGCCGCUUGGCACCGCUGCUACUGGCCACAACGAGAGCCAGGAUGAGCGCUCGCGUUCGCCGCUUGUGCUGCAUUCGCUGAGCGGCAACAGCAGCAGCAGCAACAACAACAACAACAACAAUAUAAGUGGGAGUAGCAACAGCAAUGGCAACAACAACAACAACAACAAUAACAACAACAGCAGCAGCAGCAAUAAUAACGGCAAUACAAGCGGAUUGCUGCUGGGCGGCACCGGGAGCAGCAUCAGCGGGGAUCAGGCGAGCACAAUUGACGACAGCGACAGCGAUGAUUGCGGUGGCAAGGACGAUGACGGCGAGGACAGCCUAAAGAAUGGCAACAGCGACUCCCAUUUGAGUAUGAGCCUGAGCAAGAAGCAGCGCAAGGCGCGCACCGCCUUCACGGAUCAUCAACUGCAGACCCUGGAAAAAUCGUUUGAGCGGCAGAAAUAUCUGAGUGUUCAGGAUCGCAUGGAGCUGGCCAAUAAACUGGAGCUGAGUGAUUGCCAGGUGAAGACCUGGUACCAGAAUCGCAGAACCAAAUGGAAGCGCCAAACGGCUGUUGGCCUGGAGCUGCUUGCCGAGGCUGGCAACUAUGCGGCGUUUCAGCGUCUGUACGGCAGUGCCACGCCCUACUUGAGCGCCUGGCCGUAUGCGGCAGCCGCCGCUGCCCAAUCGCCACACGGUGCACCUCCCUCGGCGAUUGAUAUUUAUUAUCGGCAAGCGGCCGCAGCCGCCGCGUUGCAGAAGCCAGCGCUGCCAGCGAGCUAUAUGUACCCCAGCCGGAUGCCGCCAGGCAUGGGUCUGCCGGGCAUGCCGCCACCGCCUGGUGGAGCGCCCAUGCUGGGCGGCUAUUAUGCGCCACCGUCGCUGCCACCACGUGAACGCUCACCGGCGACCAGCCAGAGCGCCAACAGCGAAGCGGAUUACGAGCGCAGCAGCAGCAGUCGACAGCGCUUGCAGACGCCAAGUCCGCCACUGAAUCCAGGUAGUCCGCCGCCUAGACGGGAGCAUGCGACAGAGGAGGCGACACCACAUCAAGAACAACAACCACCACCAUCACUGCCACUGACAGCAGUUGCGGCCAAAACGCUGGAACGCGGUGAGACUCCAACUGUCGGCGUGGAGGUGGACGAGGCUGAGGGUGAGGAGGAGGAGGAUGUUGAUGAUGAGGAUGAUGAGGAGUUGGCGCUGGAUGUAUGAGCGCCUUGUGUGCGUUAAGCUGGAUCUCAGACGGCGAUUACGACGGGACAAAGUGUGUGGACAAAGUGACUGAACUGAGAAGAUUUUGAGAUGACUCUCCUGGCAUCCAAGCACACAUUUUUAGUUGCCCCACGUAAAUGUCUCGCAUUAAACAA